GGUAUCCGAAAACGAAAGUACGGGAAAAGUGAAAGUUUUAAAACUGGCUCCUCACCUGCCGACACACAGCUGGUGAAUGUAUGGCAUGACGCAGGGCGUGGGGUUUGUGCUGAACCUUUUCAGGCAGCCUGGUAUAAAGGUUUCCCGUCAGUCUGCUCAAGCCUUAUUUCACACUGAGAGAGAAGUGAUCGCAGACUUGGAGGACAUGAAGCUUCAGUCUGUGGUAGGACUGUUGUAUCAGUAUGCGUCACCCAAACUGGCCGGAGACUGGGACAAUGUGGGACUACUGGUGGAGCCGACAGACCCACACGAGGUGACCAAACUCUUCCUGACCAAUGACCUCACACCACCUGUGCUUGACGAGGCUAUUGACGAGAAGGCCAACAUGAUUCUGUCCUACCAUCCUCCACUGUUCUCUCCUGUGAAGCGCCUCACUCAGGCUAGCUGGAAGGACAGAGUUAUAACAAAGUGUAUUGAAAACCGGAUAGCAGUAUUCUCUCCUCACACUUCCCAUGAUGCUCUAGAUGGGGGAGUGAAUGAUUGGCUUAUCAGUGUAUUUGAUUUACGGGACAAAAGUCCAAUAGAGCCGACAGUGAUGCCAAACAAGAAAUUUAGCAAGAAAAGAAUCUUCACCGUACCAGUCAAUCUCGCACCAAAAUUGAUAGAAGGACUCUCAAAUAUAAAGGGGACAGUCACCACAUCUAUAGCAGUUGACCCUGACCUUGUCCAGAUCAGUUUCCUUGGAAACCAGGAGAACGCCCCUGAUGUGAUGGCUGUCAUCAGUGAACACAUGAAGGUCAUCAAGUCUAUAGAAUCAUACGAUCUACAGAAGGUAGUAUGGCCGGGGUAUGGUAUGGGACGGAAAGGUACACUAAAACAGCCACUUUCUCUGGAGGAUGCUGUCUCUCUAGUAAAGAAACACACCAACCUCGACCAUGUACGACUGGCAGCAGCUCAGGGCGAGUCUUUGGUUAGCAGUGUGGCAGUGUGUGCUGGGUCAGGAAGUAGUGUCCUAAGGAAUGUUCCAGUGUCGCUGUACGUUACCGGGGAGAUGUCUCACCACGAGGUACUCCACGCUGUACAUAGUGGUACCAGUGUGAUUCUCUGUGACCAUAGCAACACUGAGCGCGGAUACCUGAGUGUGCUCAAACAGGAACUCAACAAACUGUUUAAGGGCAAAAUUGACAUUGUUAUUUCUAGUCAAGAUCGAGAUCCACUAGAAAUAGUGUAAUUUAGUGUAUAAUUUGAAAUAAUAAAAUUUAUCGAACACAUUUUGAAAAUCUAGUGUUAAAAAUCAGGUAAGAUUUCAUCUUGCAACAAUUUGUAUUCAGUUAAUAGUAACAGAAGAUCAGAUAGUAUAUAAGAGAGCUUUAGUAAACCUGGCUGAAUCUGAAUGGGACUGAUUAAUACAGGGUCCAGUUUAUAGUCAGUGAUUUAACAGUAAAUGUCAACAUGCAUUAAUUUGCAUGUUAAAGAAAUAUCCAGUUUUGAUGUUUAAUUUACUAUAAUAAAUUAUUAUCAAAUCAACUAAACAACUGCAAAAUCACCUGGAGAAAGGAAUGCUUGAAAAAGCCAGGGUGUAAUAAUAGUAAUUUAUUCAUCAAGAUUGGUUAAACAAUGCCUGUUACCAGAGUAGACAAUCAAGAUUGGUUAAACAAUGCCUGUUACCAGAGUAGACAAUCAAGAUUGGUUAAACAAUGCCUGUUACCAGAGUAGACAGAGUCCACAAUAAACAAGUUGAUGGCCGAUUAUUUAAGAGAGAAUAAGUUGAGACCAAAUAUAAGAGCUGGUAAAGAUGCUGAUGCUCCAUGACCUUGACCUUGGGGAUAUGACCUUGGGUUAUGGACAACGAUCCUAUUAAGCAGGAUACAGAUACAGAAUUCCAAGAAAGGGUUACAAAGUUAUGAGUGGAUGAUAUGAUAUUGUGAACAGUCUGAGGAUAAUAAUGCAUCAUGACCUUGAAUUCAGAGUUAUGACCUUAGAACGAGGUCAUGACUCAUCUUUGAGUUAUUGGCAACAAUCCAAAGUUUUGAUAUAAAUAAAAGUAAGAAUUACAAACUUACAAGUUAGAUUGAGGACGAGCGAGCACCAAACUAUAAAACACCACACAUGUAAUGUGGAUAUAUAUAACAAGAUGCAUUUCAAUCCUAAAAUAAAUCUUAUGAAGAAAAUGUUUAACAUGAUGACAAAAUAACAGCAGAAAAUUUCUUAAGUUAAAACAUAACUCAAAUAAAUAUUUGUUCCUUUUAUUAAUAAAUGCAGUCUUUACAACCUUAAUAUUCUACACAAAAUGCAUCAAAUACUAACAUUCAUUCUCGUACAUUAACUACAAUGUUGUUCCAUAAAACUGACAACAUGAAAAAGUCACUUUUGAACAUUUGAUUUUCUUCCUGUAACGCAAUGUAUAUAUACAUCUGAUGUAUUAUUAAUAAACAGAUCUAAAAAAUGUCUGUGCCU